AGACAAAGUGAAAUUCUGAGAUUGAGGCACAUUGAGACAUACCUUAAGAUUUUGAGCUCAGAAUUUUGGUGGGAUAAUUUUGCGUCGUCUUUCCAUCGUGUCAGUCAGUGUCAGUAGUCAGUGACUGGCUUCUUCAUUUCACACUCCACCAAGCAGAUUUUGGCUUUGACCUUUAUUUUUUUUGUCGCACCAUAAUGUCGUCUACCCCCCAAAGAAAGAAGCUAAAGAUGACGCCUUUUACGUCGUUUAUGACCAUACGUCGUCGUCAGUUAGAGGCACAAGGGAUGACCUUUUCUGGUGGAUGGGAGGAUGUCGCAUUUGUUUUGGAUAAUGAAUGGCGUAGAAUGGAUAAGACUGAACAGGACAAGUAUGCCGUGUACCACGAGCAGGAGGAGGAAUCAACGCCGCCACCACAGACGCGACCAAAAGCGAAAUCCGUCUUAUCUCCACCAGACCCAGUUGUGCAUGGGCAACAAGUCCCGUACGUUGUUCCAAAGGGGGAAGGGAAUAUGUUCCUCCGUGGACGACCAGGUAAAAGAUUAGCCGAUGGACGAGGGCAGAAACGAGACUGGGUGAAACCGGAAGUGCAGCUUGACAUUGAUCCAGUGAAAGAAUUUGGAUCAUUUCGUGAUAUACUCUUGCAAACUGGAAAUAAGAUUGAUAAACACAUGCGUCAACAUGGCCAUCUCCCUCAACCAGGUUCAGAACCGAUGGAUUUACAGUUACCUGUGCCGUCGUCUUUACCUGCUCGGCCCAAAUCGAAUCCAUCUCCAUUCGUUCUUCCUAACCCUCUCUUCAAACAAACCGCAAAGAAAGUCAAGGUGGAAGUAAAGGAAUGUUCUAAACCAGAAUCCAAAAAGAAAGCACCUGAACAUACAGAAGAAACUCGAAAGGAGCCAGAGCCUAGUUCUGUUUUUCACUUAUUUCAACCACCGAAAAUGCCAGUUUUCAAAAAUUCUGGUCCUCAUAAUGUCAAACGAACAACACUUCCCGAUUGGUCGAUUAAGAAUGUUCAAAUUAAUAUUCACGACCAGGAUGAAGCAUUUUCAAAAAUUCAAGACUAUUUUGCUGCCGUGCUGGAUUUUGAUAAGUUUCUUGAACUGACGUUUGCUUACGUCCAUUUUAACAACUAUUGUCCUGCACCAGGACAGACUACUGCUCCUGCAGAGUUUUGCUGCCUCACCUGGAACCUUAAGGAUGGGAUGGUGUGGUAUGGGGGGUCACCAAUUGAUCCUGGUUCUGACAAGCUUGGAGAUUGGAAGAUGGUGCAGGAACAGAGCAGGAAACUUUCGCUGCCAAUUCCUCCCUACACCUACAGUCGAGGACUUGCCUAUUCUGUGGGGGAAGACCGAUACGACGAGGUCGUCAAGUCAAUCUGGGAGCAAUCACGAACGUUCGAGCUGUCGGACGAGACCCCACGGCGUCCCUACCACUAUGUAUUCGCUGCUGAAGAUAAUAUCCCGAUAGCUGUUGGAUGCUUGGCCUGGCUGAUGGCACAGCAUGGAAGCAACCCUCGGAUUCGCGUUCUCUCAAUGGAACGCUUUGUCUCAGAGUUAUUUCGAACCUGUCAUAUUAGACAGUGCGCCAUAGACCUACAAGCAAAAGUGGUUCAGAAAGUGCAGGGACCUGUCAAGAAGUCAACCGAGUCCGUGGUCAAGGCGAGUGAUCCUGUAGGUACCGGAGUGGGUGGUGAUAAAGCGAAAAGUACCACUACCAAACAUGUUCCUCUUCCAGCAGAAAGUUCAAGUUUGGCGUACGUCGCGUCCAUCAAGUACGCAACCGCUACCCUUCACAGUUUUGAUAUCAGCUCAUCACUGGACAAACGCCUUCGGCUCGGAUGUCUCUGGCACCAGCGCGAAAAUACAUCGGAUAGUAUCGUGCACUGCUCUACGAAACAAUGCAAAAAAUGGAUGUACAAAACACUAGAGAAAGCAUUAGAGAUUCUUAAAAGGAAUUACUCGGCCCAUGCCAAAGAACUUGCCAAGCGCGACAUUGAACCAGUCUUGUGGGGGGAAAGUGAUGCGAUGGGAGUGGAAGCUCGCCAACGUUUAGGAUUCUUUGGAAAAAUUUCUGAAAAGCGGACCAAGGUCCUGGAACGUGGAUUUAUAUUUCCAGAUCUGCUCAAAGAAAUGCAACUCCGAAUGCCUAAUGGGUUGAAAACACCACCAACACAACUCAUUUGGCCUCUCGAACGGUGUGUUGAGCUAGAUCUCAACUGGAGUCGGUCCCAACGUUUCAAAAUCGUGGACCUGGAGCCGGAAGCUAGGGCUCAGAGACUUGUCGACCUGAAACGACAACGUGAAGAGGGAAAUCGGAUGCGGUUUGACGAUGACUGGUGAAUAAUACUUUUAAGAACGGUGGACAUUGAUUACUUGUCGAUAUUCAGCAUAUUUUACGCUCGUGUUUUCAUUUACUUUACAUAAAAAUCACUAGUUACGUUAAUCGACAAUUGAAAAGUUUAUCCAUGAUAUGAUACAUGAAUUACUUAAUAUUGUUUUUUUUGCUUUAAUACAAUUAUUGACUGAUGGUUUAAUGAAUUUGAUAAAUAUUUAAAUGGGAUCAA